AGACUGAAAUGCACACCCCUAUUCCUUGUGUGCGGAUAAACAAACCACCACCUCUCUGCUUUCUCAAUUAGGUUUUCCCGUUUUCGCAAUUUCCCAAUUCCCCCAAACUCCGGAACUCCCUCUCCACCAAUUCAUAAAUGCCUUUGCACUCUCUUCCACACCCCACUACCACUUCCGCCUCUUGCCGCCGCUAAGCCUUCGGAAACGUCACCUCUCUCGGCCUACUUCGCCGCCGGAUCUCCGGCCCAAAGCGAUAUUCACUUUGACUUGUCAAUAGAAAACAAGGCUGCUACUAACCUCUUUGCGCACUGGUUUAAACUGUUUCUAUGCUCUAUUAGAACCUCAGCAAUUAUUGUUUAACUGCACUUGCAUUGGGACAGAUGAGCACGUCUAGUCAGCUACAAGAAAUUAACAGAAAAACUAGCCAGAUUGCCCUGCCUAACCAUGAUGAAGAAAGCGCUGCUAGAACAAGGCCUUUCAGCUUUGAAGAGAUUAUGCUUAGGAGGAAUAACAAGAAGUUAUGUGAUAGUGUUGUAAAGGAAGUCGUAGAUGUAGGUAAUGUACCAAGGGAAUCUAUGGUUAAAAAUUCUUUUGCGAGUUUUGAGUCUGAAAAGGAUCACAGACACCAUAAAGAUUUGCCCCCUGUUGAUAAAAAGCCUGCCUCGGAGGAUCCAGUGAAGGCAUAUUCCAGAAAGAAAGAAAUAUAUAAUUCCAAGAGUUCUAAAACGGAAGACGGUUUUUCCAAAGGGAAAGUUAGGGGAGGGCAUGAGCCAGAAAGCUUGAAGGAUAAACCGAGCAAGGAUAGAAGAACUAAAGCUAAAGGAGGCACAACUGAAAAACAAAUACAUGGUAGGAGAAAAAUUGACGAGCGCUCAGAUAACUUCCAAAAAGAAUCUAUAAAGAAGCAUUCAAGGGAUUUGACAGGAAAGGAGAGACACAUGAGCCAAAACAGAGGAAGAUCUGAAAGAGAAGCCAAGAGAAAAUACCAAAAUGGAUAUGAUGAAAAAAUUAGAGACAGAAAUGCUGCAAAGAAGCAUGAUUCAGGGAAACAUCAUCUGUUAGAAACUUCAGAGAGAAAGGAGAGGAAAAAACCAUCAAAAUCCAAUUUCGAAAAUUCAAGGCUAAAAAGGGAACGGUCAAGGAGUAGAGACCGUGAAGAUACACAUAGAUUUAGGUCUCCCUCACCAAGGGCACACAAUUAUACAUCUCAUAAUUUGAGGAUCCGCAGCGAGAUAUCUUCACAUUCACUCAAAGACAGGCCUGGAACACAGGAUUCUGAUAUUGACAGGAGUAGAAUAUCUAAUAAUGGCUCCAAUAGCCACCAUCGCCGACAUGGUGGGCCGGUGAAAAGGCUUGGUGGUUAUUCACCGAGGAAGAGAAGAACCGAGUCUGCUCUUAAGACUCCAUCCCCACCUGACCGUUCGCCUGAAAAGAAAAGUGCCAAGUGGGAUCAUCCCCCUACGGCAACUGACAAGGUAUUAUCUGGUUCGAUUGCUUCUAUUUUUAAUUCAUCAAACUGUAACAUGUCUUCAAAUGUACAUGAGAUGGCCAUUGCUGUUGCUGUUGCUUCGGCUACUAGGAAAUCUAUAUCUGGGGUUCAUCCUAAUUCUUUAUUGACUAAGAAGAAUGCUUCUGUUGACUCGGUCCAACUAACACAAGCUACUCGGCCUAUGAGGAGGCUUUAUGUAGACAAUGUUCCGUCUACAACCUCUGAGAAUACUUUAGUGGAAUCUCUUAAUAAUGUUUUGUUGUCUUCCGGUGUCAAUCAUAUCCCAGGAACACGCCCAUGCAUUAGUUGUGCGAUUACCAAAGACAAAGGUCAAGCUGUUGUGGAGUUUCUUACACCGGAAGACGCUAUAGCUGCUCUAUCUUUUGAUGGCACUGACAUCUCUGGUUCUAUUCUCAAAAUAAGGCGCCCUAAAGACUUUGUUGAAGUGGCUACUGGUGAUCCAGAGAAAUCAAUGGCCGCGGUUGAGACAAUGAGUGAUGUUGUGAAGGAUUCCCCCAACAAGAUUUUCAUUGGUGGAAUUUCAAAUGCUCUUUCAUCAACAAUGCUUUUGGAGAUAAUUAGUGUCUUUGGACCUUUGAAGGCAUACCACUUUGAAGUCAACGAGAAACUUAAUGAACCGUGUGCUUUUGUGGAGUAUGUAGACCAAUCAGUUACUCUCAAAGCAUGUGCGGGUCUGAACGGUAUGAAAUUGGGAGGGAGAGUGCUAACUGCAGUUCAAGCAAUUCAUGGUGCAUCAUCCUUGGAAAAUUGUGGAAAUACAUCAUAUGAGAUACCAGAAUAUGCAAAGCCACUUCUCCAACAACCAUCGCAGGUCCUAAAGCUUAGAAAUGUGUUCAAUCUUGAGCACUUCUCACUGCUCUCAGAACCAGAAAUGGAAGAAGUUCUGGAAGAUGUGCGAUUAGAGUGUGCCAGGUUUGGUACUAUUAAAUCUGCAAAGGUUGUCAAGUAUCGCAACAAUCACAUCAUCACCCCAGGGACAUCUGAAGCUGUUAAUGAUGCGAAAUCUGGAGGCUACCAGAAGAGCUUAGAGUCCGAAGAAACUGGAGCAAAAAUAGACGCUAAAGAAGAACAUAUUGCAAAUGAGACCAGGGAAACUAGUGGACUGGAGAUUCCAAACAAUGCCAAACAAGUAAAAGAAGAGGAAGUCACAGAAGACAACCGGUUCUAUUAUGAUAAGCCUGCAGAUGGUUUUAGAGAGGAAAAAUCAUGUCAAAUGGGUCAAUCAGAUGAUAAUAUGAAAGCUGAAGGAAGCGACAACCUACCUAACAAUGUUCUUGGGGAACACCCGAACCAGCUGAACGGUAUGAAAGAUGCUUCGGAAUGCUGUGAUGAUUUGGUUACUGAUAUUAAAAUAGAGGACGUAAGCUUGGAAAGCAAAUCAAUGGCUAAAGAGGAUUCAACUCUAAAGGAAGUUGGUAUUGAGAGAGAAGAAACUUUUGCUGGAAAGGAGGGCAGUGCUGGAACAGAAUCAGAUGCUAUUCGAAAGAGUGAAAUUAAUGAAAAGGAUCAUGGGAAGGACCAGGAUUAUGAUCUUGCAAGAAGAUUUGAGCCCGGGUGUGUUUUUGUGGAGUUUGUUAGAGCAGAAGCCUCUUUAAAGGCAGCACAUUGUUUACAUGGACGGGCUUUUGAGGAUCGUAUUGUGACUGUGGAGUAUGUUUCACUUGAUCAUUACAAGGCUCAGUUUCCAAAUUGAGCGUAUUUGGUUGCUCGUGACAAUGCUCAUUUCGUAAUGCCUUGGUCGAAUUCUGGUGGGGCGAUUUUGGUGACAAAAUCUGGUUGGGGCUGUUUUCUUGUUGCAGGUUAGAAAUUUUUGUGCUGCAAUGCCUAGGUCGAAUUCAAAGCGGAGGUGAUUUUCUUAGGGAAACUACCCUUGUGGCUGCUGACGAGGUGGUUGUGGUGGCGGCAGCAACUGCGUUGUGUCUUCUGCGGGAAUAGGAUUAUGAUUCUCUUUUUCAUAUUUUGUGUUUUUGUUGAACGGACUCGUACCGAUGCGGAAAACAAUCCAAGUAAUAAGUAAAACAAGUAGAAAAAGAAUUCGACGAACACAACCUCUGUACAUGCAUGCUUGUCUCGUCUUUCAUUCUAUCCAGCUACGUACUUGAGACGGCUGUCUUCUGUCUAGUUUUCUUUUUUCUAAACCCAUCUUGAAUAUUC